AAUCGUUUUGGCUUUUCAAGCGAUAGCAACUGAAAAUCGGAGCUAAAUUCUGCUCUCUGUAGCAUAUACUCUAAUUAAGUGUUUUCGCGUCCACACCACUUAAUAAAAUAAAAUACAAAUUAAAAACCAAGAUGCUGCUAAUGCGACGUUGCCACAAAUUAAAGCUGCGCCCAUGGAUUCGUCUGUGCUCCGCCGAAUUGAUACAUAAGGAUGGCUUCAUUGAGAAACUGCGCCACAGCUUCGAUGAGGAUGAGCGCAGCAAUCUGGUGGUGCCCACGUUCAAGAAGGCCAUGCUCUAUCCGGAUGAGAUCGCCGUGAAGGACAUCACCGGGGAGUACACCUACUUCCAGCUGUAUCUAGCUGCCAAACGCCUGGCCAUUCAGAUCUCCAAUAUAUGUGGCAGUGCCUCACUAUCGAAUGUCACAUACUUGUGCUCUAACAAUGCCUUAUGGGUGGCCAUCCAAUGGAGCUGUUGGAUCUCCGGUCAGGUGGCGGUUCCCCUGGAAUCUGGUCAGGCGAUCGAUCAACUGCGUCGCCAGGCGUCCCUCUGCAAGACCAAGUUGCUGAUAGCCACUCCCGAAUUUGAGCCCCUGGCCCAGGAGUUAUCGCAGGGAUUGAAAUCGGCCACCAUUAUAUUGGAUCACGCCUUUGUGCCGACGGCAGAGAGUGUGUCUUCGACCUCGAUGUAUGCCAAACAGCUGGUGGGCACCCAGGGAGUUAUCCUCACGGAGAGCACCUUGCCAAGUGACUUCUAUGCCAAGGCACCCGCCAUGCUGAUCUAUACGCCCAAUGCGGUGAAUAGUCCCAAGACGGUGCUGUUGAGCCACCGCAAUAUCGAUGCCCAGGUUCGAUGUUUGAUCGGCAGUUGGCGUCUGGGACCCACGGACUGUAUGCUACCUAUUCUCUCCAUGAAUCGAAUGCAUGUCGCCUUGGGCGCCGUACUCAAUGUGGGCGGUAAUGUCAUUCUGCAGCAAAAGUUCGACGGUCAUAAUGCCUGGAGUGCCCUGUUGGGCAUCAAUAGUCCAUCAAAACAGCGUGUUACCCUCUUCUUGGCCAUGCCCAUUGUUUACAAACGACUGAUUGCCGAAUAUGAGAAAAUGUUCGCCAAGGAUUCGAGGAUGGUGGAGUACAUUGUGAACCAUUGCCGGCAAAAGAUUCGUUUGAUGGCCACAGCCUUUGCCUUGCUGCCGGAUUCGGUGUUCUACAGAUGGCGCGAGAUUACGGGUCAAAACAUCUACGAGUACUAUGGAAUGAUGGAGACGGGUUUGGUCCUCGGUCAUCCGCUGGAUGAACCCCAUCGUGAUGCUUCCAGUACUGCCACUUCUUCAUCGGCGGCCUCGUCGGCCAGUUUGAGUAGUACCGCCUUGAAUGACUAUCGCCCUGGUACCUUGGGUGCUCCUCUAAAGGGAGUCACAGCCCGGUUGAUCAGCAACAAGGGCGCCGAGCUUAUAACCUGCAAGAACGAACUGGGCGGAACUGUGGAUCAUGGUCUCAUCCAGGUGGAGGAUAUAGGCGGAGAUGCUUCUUUAGCCCACACGGUGAUUGGUGAACUUCAGAUAGCUGGCUCACAUCUGGUGUCCAAUUCGUUGACCAGCAGCACGCAACAAACGGAACCGGAAGAUGGUUUCUACAAAACUGGGGACAUUUGCGCCUAUCAGAAUGGCCACUUCUAUUUCCUGAGCAAGACCAGUGAUGUCUUCACAGUAGGCGGCUACAAGGUCUACGGUUCGGAGAUCAAAAAGGUGCUGAUCUCACAUCCCAACAUUAAUGAUGUGGCUGUCUUGGGCAUACCCAACAAGUUGUGGGGCCAUCGUCUUGGUGUUAUAUGCAUUGUCUCACCGGAUGCCGAUAUUGAUUUGGAUGCUAUCAAGACCUACUGCUAUCGCCACCUGCCGGCCCACAAGUGCCCAACCGUUUUCAAGACCCUCGUGUCCAAAUAGAAUAUACAAUAUAGUCUUAAGUCCUCAUUGCCUUGCCAUUAGCUACAAAUUCAUGUGAUUUUUCGCGAUGUUAAACCAAAAAAAUCCUUUCUUUGUCAUAACACUAAUAAUCAUUUUAAAUAUUUUUCAUUCAAAUACAAAAGCAGCAAUGCAAAAUGA